CGGUGUGGCUGCGGGGCCCAGCGAGUUCGCCAUGGAUCUGUGAGCCCCGGCAGAGCUGUGAUAGUGCCAAAAACAAUGGAGGUGUAUGUGUGUUGCGUGCUUGCGCUCCUAGUCGGGCGGCUACCGGCCACACAGCAAUACGUGGCCCCCAAAGACGCCAGUGGCGACACGCUGCGGCUGCGGCGAGCAGCUCAGUUCGAAACGCUGACAACACCCUCCUCCGUCGGCGUUUCUACCGACACCUACUCGACGACGUGUCCGACGACGUCGUUCCUGUGCGGCGCGUCGCAGAAGUGCAUCCCCAACCAGUGGGUGUGCGACUACCACCCCGACUGUCCGGACGGCGAGGACGAGAAACAGUCGUGCCCGCCGCCCGCCUGCAAGGAGGGCGAGUUUACGUGCGGCGAGUACAAGUGGAACCACACGUACUGCGUGCCGAAGCAUCAUCGCUGCGACAAGCUGCAGGACUGCGCUGACAACGCGGACGAGAAGGACUGCAACUACCGCGAGUGCAAUGCCGAGGAUUUCAAGUGCGGCUCCGGCCUCUGUGUGCCGUCGGACAAGAAGUGUGACGGAUACUUGGACUGCCGGGAUCACUCGGACGAAGACCAAUGCGAUGGUGUCUCCUGCGACCUGGACCAGCUGAGGUGCAAGGACGGCAAAGGUUGCAUAGAGAAGGACCAGGAGUGCAACCACCGCAAGGAGUGCGAAGAUGGCAGUGACGAGGAGGACUGCAACUUCCCGGCCUGCCACGAGGGCCAGUUCCGCUGCGACAACGGCCUGUGCAUUCCGCACCGGUGGAAGUGCGACUCGUCGACCGACUGCUCGGACGCGUCCGACGAGCGCGACUGCCAGGCGGUCGACUGCCCGGAGGGCCAGUUCCUGUGUGAGGCCGACAAGAAGUGUAUCGACAGCACCAAACUUUGCGACACCCAGUCCGACUGCACCGACGGAGCCGACGAGAAGAACGACACGUGCUCCAACGAACUGUGCGAGUCGCUACAGUGCGAGCACAAGUGUCGGCCCUCCAUGGACGGCGGCAUGUGCGUGUGUCCAGUAGGCAAGGCGCUGGCAGACGACGGUCGACUCUGCGACGACUUCAACGAGUGCAAGGGCUGGGGCUUCUGCGACCAGUUCUGCACCAACACCGAGGGCAGCUUCAAGUGUCUCUGCAAGGUUGGAUAUCAGCUGAACGGCACCGUGUGCCGCGCCGAGAACUCGGAGGCGCUGCGGCUCUACUACGCCCACAAGAAGAAGAUCCUGCGGCUGGACCCGCGCCACCGGGAGGUCGUGGAGGUGGUGGCCAACACCACGUCCGCUAGCGGCAUCGACUACCACUACCAGCGCGGCAUGCUCUUCUGGUCCGACGUCGACACGCGGAAGGUGUACCGGAGUCGGCUGAACAAGGACCCGGGCACAGCCGUGCUCAACAUCACCACCAGCACCACCUGGGCGCCCGUCUCCGUCGCCGUCGACUGGAUCGGUGACAACAUCUACGUGGCCGACAUGAUCGGCCAGAAGGUGGACGUGUUCGACAUCGACGGCCGCUACCACGCCAUCGUCAUCGGCUACAACCUGACCAGUCCGCGCGACGUGGCGCUCGACCCUUCGCUCGGAUACAUGUUCAUCGCGGACCAGGACCGGAUCGUACGGGCAAACAUGGACGGCACGGAGCUGCGAGCCCUGGUCUCGGACGCCAUCUACAAGGCGUCUGGCGUCACGGUCGACAUAAUCAACAAGCGCAUCUACUUCUGCGACUCCCUGCUCGACUACAUAGAGACGGUCGACUACGACGGAGAGUACAGGUUCCCCGUUCUGCGCGGCUCGACAAACGCGCCGGCGCCCAGCCGGCUGGCCACGUUCGAGCGUAACAUCUACUGGACGGACGCCACGCGACAGGGCGUCAUCGAGGUGGACAAGUUCAACGGCAUCAGCUCCAUCCGCAACGUGCACACGGACAAGGGCACCACCGGCGACCCGAAGGCCAUCAAGGCCGUGCACCAGCUGCUGCAGCCGCAGUUGCCGAAGCCGUGCGGUGAGAGCAACGGCAUGUGCGAGCAUCUGUGCCUGCUGACCCGCAACACGGAGGGCACCGGCCUCGGCUACCGUUGCGGCUGCCAGGUCGGCUACUACCUGAGGGCGGACAAGAUGGAGUGCGCCCCCGUCAAGGAGUUCCUCAUGUACUCCCAGCAGAAGUUCAUCAAAGGACAGGUGCUGGAGCCGGUGGCGGUCAACAUGAACGACGCCAUGAUGCCCAUCGUGUCGCGCACGGCCCGCUUCGUCGGCCUCGACUUCGACUACCACGCCGAGAAGAUCUACUACUCGGACGUGCUCCUCGACGUCAUCUACCGCAUCAACCUGGACGGCACCGGCCAGGAGAACGUGCUCGCCUCGCAGAACGAGGGCGUCGAGGGCCUGGCGCUCGACUGGAUCUCGGGCAACCUCUACUACAUCGACAGCCGGAAGGCCACGCUCAACGUCAUCAACACGGGCGCCUCGCGGAUCAGGCGCACGCUGCUGACGAACCUGGCGCGGCCGCGUGCCAUCGCGGUCCACCCCAACAAGGGGUACAUCUUCUUCUCGGAGUGGGACCGACCGGCGAACAUCAGCCGCGCGUACGCCGACGGAACUCACGUAGAGGUGUUCCGCAACGUGCUGCUCGGCUGGCCCAACGGCCUCAGCAUCGACUACGACAGCGACCGGCUCUACUGGUGUGACGCGCUGCUGGACCACGUGCAGCACGCCAAGCUGGACGGCACGGACGUCAAGACCAUCACGAGCCGGAACAUCAAGCACCCAUUCUCGCUGGUCAUUUUCAAAGAGCACCUGUACGUGACGGACUGGCGACUGGAUGCCAUCGUGCGGCUCAACAAGCUGAGCGGUGCCGACGAGACCAUUGUGGCGCGCGUCCAGGAGUCCAACCGCCUGUUCGGCAUCAAGGUGUAUGCGCGCGACAUUCAGAAGAUCGACCCGGACCACCCGUGCCGCGAGGACAACGGCGGCUGCGAGAGAUUCUGCUUCCCGAUCCCGUCCAACGAGACGACGAGCGGCCUGGUGGCGCGCUGCGACUGCCCGUACGGCAUGAAGCUGCGCUCCGACCUCCGCCGCUGCGAGGACGCGCCCGACGCCGAGCCACCGCUCGAGGCCUGCCCCAACAGCUGGGACUUCACGUGCGCCAACCAGCGCUGCAUCCCCAAGCCGUGGGUGUGCGACGGCGACGACGACUGCCUGGACAACUCGGACGAGGAGCAGAACUGCACCAAGCCCACCUGCCUGGCCGAGGAGUUCGCCUGCGCGUCGGGCCGCUGCAUGCCGCUCUCGUUCAAGUGCGACUCGGACAACGACUGCGGCGACUUCAGCGACGAGACGGGCUGCGUCAACGUCACGUGCGACGAGCACGAGUUCAAGUGCAACAACGGCCGCUGCAUCCCGAAGGCGUGGAAGUGCGACUCUGAGGACGACUGCGAGGACGGCUCGGACGAGGAUGACUUCUGCGACGAGAAGACGUGCACCUACUACCAGUUCAGCUGCCCGUCCGGCCACUGCGUGCCGCAGUCGUGGGUGUGCGACGGCGACAACGACUGCCUGGACAACAAGGACGAGGAGGGCUGCCCGCCCGUCACCUGCUCGGCCAACCAGUUCAAAUGUGCCAACCUGAAGCAGUGUGUGCAUGAGUCGUUCAAGUGCGACGGUAUCCCUGACUGCCUGGACGGCAGUGAGGAGGAGGGGUGCCCGACCCUCUCCCCGGACAGCUGCAACCCGGACAAGCAGUUCAGGUGCGAGAAGUCUGGCAUCUGCAUCCCAAAGACCUGGUACUGCGACGGCAACGCAGACUGCCUGGACAAGUCUGACGAACCAGACUCGUGCGGCCAGAUCGAGUGCCGACCCAGCUUCUUCAAAUGUAACAAUACCAACUGCGUGUACAACGGCUUGGUUUGCAACGGGGAGGACGACUGCGGUGACGGCAGCGACGAGGACACGAUGCACGCCUGCAAGAAGCCGCCCAUUACCUGUGCCUGGGACGAGUGGCGCUGCCCGAACGUGACGGACCGGUGCGUGCCGCGCGCCGCCGUCUGCAACGGCAAGCCCGACUGUCCGAACGGCGCCGACGAGGGCGUCGGCUGUGACCUGGCCGAGUGCACGGACGCCAAGACGGAGAUGUGCAACGAGGGCUGCCUGCAGACGCCGACCGGCGCCGUGUGUCUGUGCGGCCGCGGCCAGCAGCUGAGCGGCGACACCGAGUGCGUCGACAUCGACGAGUGCGCCGAGGCGGGCCGCUGCUCGCAGACGUGCAACAACACCAAGGGCGCCUUCUUCUGCGGCUGCCAGCCCGGCUACAAGCUGGAGGCCGACAAGCACACUUGCAAGCCGACGAGCGAGGACGAGGCGAUGCUGAUCAUCUCCAACCGUCGCUCCAUCCUGGUCUCCAACAUCAACGAGACAUCGGUGGAGCGCCUGCCCGUGUCCGUGGAGAACGUCGUGGCCACCAUCUCGGACAUGAAGAACAACAUCAUAUACUGGUCUGACAUGAAGGUCAAGAAGAUCAUGCGCCUGGAGAAGGGCGGACAGCCGCAGGAGGUCAUCAGCAGCGGCCUGGACCUGGUGGAGGGCCUCGCCUUCGACUGGGUCACCGGCAACCUCUACUGGGUGGACUCUCGGCUCAGCGUGAUCGAGGUGGCCAACAAGAACGCCUCCAGUCGCAUCACGCUCAUCAACCGCGACGUGGACCAGCUGCGUGGCCUGGCGCUAGACCCUGACAAGAGCGCCCGUUUCCUGUUCUGGUCGGACUGGGGCACGCGGCCUCGCAUCGAGCGCGCUGGCCUGGACGGCUCCGAUCGUAAGACCAUCAUCAGCUCCAAGAUCUACUGGCCGAACGGCCUCACGCUUGACAUCCCCAACAAGCGGGUCUACUUCGCCGACAGCAAGCUGGACUACAUCGACUUCUGCAAAUACGACGGGACGGGACGACAGCAGGUGCUGGCGAGCAGCCACUACCUGCUGCACCCGCACAGCAUCGCCGUGUUCCUGGAUACGGUGUACUGGACGGACCGGCAGCUGAACCGUGUGCUCUCGGCGCACAAGUACAGCGGCCACAACCAGUCGGUGGUGACGCACCUGGUCUCGCAGCCGCUCAGCAUCCACAUCUCGCACGCGGUGCUGCAGCCGAGCGCGCCCGACCCGUGCGCGGACGCCAGCUGCCAGCACAUGUGCCUGCUGGCACCCGGAGAGCCCGGCUUCGCCUGCAAGUGCCGGCCCGGCUACCGGCUGGCCGACGGUGGCCAGCGCUGCAUUGUCGAGGAGCGCGCCUUCCUGCUGCUCAUGGCCGGCAAUCGGGUGACGGAUUUGUCGCUGACGCCGGAGCAGCCGCGCACCGGCCUGCUGACGCCCAUCAUCGGCGUCGACAGCGCCACCAGCCUCGACUUCAACCACCAGUCGCAGACCGUCUACUGGGUCGGCAUGACCGAGACCGGCAUCGGUGGGGCCGACGAGAAUGGCACCAUCUACAGCCGGUCCGUGGCCGGCGGCAACGUGACCGAGUUCCUGGUGAACGGCAUCAUCGGCACGCCGCACGCCAUCGCCUACGACUGGGUCGGCGGCAACAUGUACAUCGGCAACCAGCUGGUCUCCAACAUAGAGGUGGUCAGCGCGCAGAGCAAGAGCCGCUACCGCAAGAUAGUGCUGGGCAACAAUGGCACGGCAGAAGGCGUCGGCAAGCCGGUAGCCAUCGUGCUGGACCCGUCCGAAGGCAAGCUGUACUGGGCCGACUCCGGCGGCGUCGGCGUGCCUCCCAAGAUAGGCAAGGCCAACAUGGACGGCACCGCCCUGCAGCUGCUCAUCAAGGACGUGACUCACCCGCUCUCGCUGGCCAUCGACAUCGAGACCAAAGUCAUCUACUGGAGCACAGAGAACCAGCCUUUCAUCAAGAGUGCCGGGGUGGACGGCUCGAACGUGAAGACCCUGCUGGACGCCGGGCGGGGCAUCGCCAAGCCGCGCAGCAUCGCCAUCUACGAGCAGCGACUAUACUACUUGGAUUCAGCGUAUGAACAGGUGGCCCGGCUGGACCUGCCGGAGGGAGACAACCGGAUUAUCCUGAUGAACAACACCGAGGCGCUCAAGGAGCUCAAGGUCUUCUCCAAACGGCCAGUGACCAGCAACCACCCGUGCCGGAGCAGCAACGGCGGCUGCCAGCACCUCUGCAUCCCGGCCAGCGAGGGCGGCCGCGUCUGCGCAUGCGCCGUCGGCUACCGGCAGGAGGGGGCGCUGCACUGCUCGGCGUACGACUCGUUCGCCAUCGUCAGCCAGCUGGACAUCGUUAGGGGCUUCAGUCUCACAGAUCACAACGAGGCGAUGACCCCUAUUGCCGGACCGGGUCACAACGUGCUCCACGUUGACGUGCUGGUGAAGUACAACUACAUCUACUGGGUGGAGUUCAACCUGCUGGGAAAGAACGGCAUCUACCGCGCGAGACCCAACGGCACGGAUCUGGAGGCGGUGGUGUCGACCGGCGUUGGAUCGAACGGCAUCCGUGGCAUCGCCGUCGACUGGAUCGGCGGCAACCUGUACUUCGCCAACUCGUUCCCCCACGAGACGUUCCUGGAGGUGUGCUGGCAGGACGGCAAGCAUCGCAUGGUGCUCAUGAAGACCACCAAGGACUCGCCGAAGGAGAUUGCCGUCAACCCCAUCAAACGCUACCUGUACUGGAUCGACUACGGGCAGAACCCGAAGGUGGCCCGAGCCAGGCUGGACGGCAGCGAGCCGGAGGCUAUCGUCACGAGUGGCAUCAGCCAGCCGCGAGACCUGACCAUCGACAUGCUGACGCACGACAUCUUCUUCGCCGACUCGAACAUGGACGCCAUCAUGAAGGUGGACUACAUGGGCAAGAGCCGCCAGAUGAUCCGCCGCAACCUGCCCAACCCGGUCGGCCUGGCCGUGCACCUGGGCAACCUCUACUGGGUCGACCGCAACCUGGGCUCCGUGUUCCGCGCCUCCAAGCUGGCCAGCAACACGACGGCGCCGCAGAUCCUCAAGUCGGGCCUGGAGAGGCUGCGCGACAUCACCGUGUUCGACGCCCAGAACCAGCCCCGUGGGCAAACGCCCUGCACGGGCGCCGGCUGUGAACAGCUCUGCUUCGCGCUGGCCGCCGGCGAAGGCAACCUGCUCAACGGCGGCUACAAGUGCGCAUGCGCCACCGGCACGCUGGCGGACGACAAGCGCCGCUGCGUGAAGAGCGAGGACUACCUCAUCUUCACGACGCGGACCGAGAUCCACAGCGUGCACAUGGACCCGAGGGUCAACAGUCUGCCGUUCGAGCCCAUUACUAACUUCACGAACGUGGUGAACAUCGACACGGACGUGGCGGACCGGCGCCUGCUGUUCACCGAGGUCAGCCCGCCGGACCGCAUCGGCUGGCUCUCCAUGGAUGUGCUACGCGCCGACAACGGCACCACCAUCAUCUCGGGCGAGAAGUCGGCCAUGGACCCGACCGGCAUCGCGUACGAUUGGAUCGGGAAGAAGGUGUACUGGGCCGACUCGCGCAACCACUCGAUCUAUGCCAUGAACCUGGACGGCUCGCACGUGGUCAUGCUGGCCAACGUGGAGAGGCCACGUUCUCUCGUGCUCGACCCCUGCAAGGGCUACAUGUACUUCAUCGACUGGAACAGGUACGGCUCGCGCGCCAAGAUAUUCCGCUCGACGAUGGCUGGCUCGUUCAAGACGGCGAUCGUGGAGGCGAACCUGACGCAGCCCUCCGGUCUGGCGCUGGACCGCCCCGCCCAGAAGAUCUACUGGACAGACCUGCUGCGGGAGAAGAUCGAGCGCGCCAGCGUGGACGGCACGAACCGAGAGGUGCUGAUCGCGGCCACGCUGUUCCCGUACGGCAUAGCAGUGCACGGUAACUUCAUCUAUUGGACAGACCUGCAGCUGCGCGGCGUCUACCGCGCAGAGAAGCACACAGGAGCCAAUACGGAGGAGAUCGUGGACCGUCUGGACGGGACGCCCAGGGACAUCCUGGUCUUCUCCAAGGACAACCAGAAGUGCGACCCCGAACUGAACCCGUGCUCCAUCAACAACGGCGGCUGCGCCCAGAGCUGCCACCCCAGCGUUAACAACACGGUGGAGUGCAAAUGCAACACCACCACCAAGCUGGUGAACGAGGGCAAGAUGUGCGUCACCACCGACCUCACGUGCGACAACCACAAGUUCGUGUGCGGCAACGGCAAGUGCAUCAGCCGGCUGUGGGCGUGCGACGGCGAGGACGACUGCGGCGACGGCUCCGACGAGGACGAGAACUUCUGCACGUUCCACACCUGCAGCCCGUCUGAGUUCCGCUGCGGCAACGGCCGCUGCAUCUUCAACUCGUGGAAGUGCGAUCAUGAGGACGACUGCGGCGACGAGACGGACGAGGCCGAGUGUGACUACCCGCCCUGCGACGAGGGCGAGUUCACCUGCGCCAACCACCGCUGCAUCGACAUGGAUGAGGUCUGCAACGGCGUCAACGACUGCCGUGAUAACAAGACGACGGACGAGUCGCUGGAGCGCUGCAGCAACACCACGACCACCUGCCCGACCAACCACCUCAAGUGCGAGACGACCAACAUCUGCGUCGAGCCGUACUGGCUGUGCGACGGCGACAACGACUGCGGCGACAACAGCGACGAGAAUGAGCUGCACUGCAAGGACCGUCACUGUCCGAACAACAGCUUCAGGUGCUCCAACCACCGCUGCAUCCCCGCCACCUGGCACUGCGACGGCGACGACGACUGCGGCGACGGCGCCGACGAGCCGGACGACUGCAAGUCGAAGGAGCGCACCUGCUUCGGCGACCUCUUCACCUGCAACAACGGCAACUGCAUCCCGCGCAUUUACAUCUGCGACGGCGACAACGACUGCGUGGACGGCUCGGACGAGGACGGCCGCCACGAGUGCAACAAUCGGCAGUGCUCCAAGGACGAGUUCCAGUGCACGGCCAACAAGGACUGGGGCCGCGCGCUGUGCAUCCCGCAGCGUUGGGUGUGCGACGGCGACCCGGACUGCGUGGAUGGCGCCGACGAGGACAGCAGCGCGGCCAACUGCACCACCACGCCCGACACGUGCACCACGGAGCAGUUCACCUGCGCCAACAAACGCUGCAUCAACAGCAAAUGGGAAUGCGACCACGACAACGACUGUGGCGACGGCAGCGACGAGAGCCGCGCCUGCAACGGCCGCUACCCCAACUGCACGAGCGACGAGUUCCCCUGCUCCAACGCCAAGUGCGUGCGCCAGGCGUACCGCUGCGACGGAGACGACGACUGCGGCGACUUCUCCGACGAGGCGGACUGCUGGAAAGAAGAGGCCGAAUGUCAGCCUGGCGAAUUCGCGUGUGGUGGCAAGGACGCGGAAAAGCACUGUAUCAACUAUGAGCUGGUCUGCAAUAAGGAGGAGGACUGCGAGAACGGUGCCGACGAACCACUGCACUGCAAUGUGGACGAGUGCGCCAAGACGGAGCUGCACCAGUGCGCGCACAAGUGCGUUAACACGCUCAUCGGUUACUACUGCGAGUGCAGCUCCGGCUACAAGCUGAUGCCGGACAAGCAGGCAUGCGAGGACCUGGACGAGUGCUCCGAGCGGGUCAGCGAGUGCUCGCAGAAGUGCUUUAACCAGCCGGGCACCUUCUCAUGCAAGUGCAACGAAGAGUUCUACGAGCGCGAGCCGGACGGCCUCACGUGCAAGCGCCGCGACUCGAUCACGCCGUGGCUGGUUAUCACCAACAAACACUACGUACGCAACAUCUCGACGGACGGCUCGCACUACGCGCUGAUGCACCAGCAGCUGCAGAACGUGGUGGCGCUCGACUUCGACCUGAAGGAGGACCGUCUCUACUUCGCCGACGUUGGCGACAAGAAGAUCCACCGCACACUGCGCAAUACGAGCGGCGAGUUCUACGAGCCCAUCAUCUCGACCGACACGGGCGGCCUGGAGGGGCUAAGCGUCGACUGGAUCGGUCGCAAGAUCUACUGGCUCGACCGGAGUGAGAAGCAUCUGGACGUGGCCAACCUGGACGGCUCCAACCGGCGCACGGUCCUGCCGCACGGCCUGACCGAUCCGCGCGCCAUUGCCGUUCAUCCCGGCAUCGGUUACAUCUUCCUCACCGACUGGAACCUGCAGGCGUUCAUCGGCAAGAUCGGCAUGGACGGCAGCAACUUCACGCGCAUCCUCACCUUCAACGACAAGGUGAUCUGGCCCAACGCAUUGACCAUUGACUUCUUUGCCGAGAAGAUUUUCUGGGCGGAUGCGCACAUGGAUUACAUCGCGUACGCCGACUUCGAGGGGCGUGGCAAGCACGAGGUGAUUCAGGGCCAGAACGUACAUCACGUGUUCGCCCUGACCAUCAUGGACGACACCAUGUUCUGGACGGACUGGAACCUGAAAGCAGUGGUGAGCGCGCACAAGUUCACUGGUGGCAACAUCAAGAUCCUCCGCAACACAACGCACCGGCCGUACGACAUCAAGGUCUACCACCCGCUGCGCCAGCUGGCUUACGACAACCCAUGCGCUGAGGAUAACGGGGGCUGCUCACACUUGUGCUUGCUGGCGCCGGCCAAAGAUGGCGGCACGCGCGCACAAUGUGCGUGCCCGGACGAUUUCAAGCUGAUGGCCGAUGGGAAUACGUGCAUUAACAACUGUCCGAAACGGACGCACCGCUGCGGCGCGCCCGACGACAUCUGCAUACCCUGGUUCUCCAAGUGUGACGGCGUGCGGCAAUGCAAGGACGGCUCAGACGAGCACGGAUGCCCAGAGCGCGUCUGCCCCAUCGGACAGUUCCAGUGCAAAAACAACAACUGCACCUUACCGUCCCAGUUCUGCAACCUGAACGACGACUGCGGCGACAACUCGGAGGAGGAGAACUGCGCGAACGAGUGUCCGGAGCAUAUGUUCCGCUGCAAGAAGAACGGCUACUGCAUCAACAGCGCGUGGGUCUGCGACGGUGACGCCGACUGCCGCGAUGGCACCGACGAGGAAGAGGAAGAGUGCCACCACGGCAACUGCGACAAGGACACACAGUUCUCCUGCAAGAACGGCAAAUGCAUCGCCAAGCUGUGGUCGUGUGACGGUGAUAACGACUGCGGCGACGAUAGCGACGAGCCGGCACAUCUGUGCAGGCAGCGCAACUGCACUGCCGGCUGGUCGCGGUGCCCCGGCUGGGCCAACUACCGGUGUAUCCCGGACUGGCUGUUCUGCGACGGCAAGGACGACUGUCGCGACGGCAGCGAUGAGCUGGAGGAGAACUGCCCCAAGUGUGACAAAACCGAGUUCCAGUGCGACAACAAGCGCUGCAUCCCCGAGCGGUGGCUAUGCGACUUCACCAACGACUGCGGCGACGACUCGGACGAGGAGAGCGGCAUGUGCACCAACCGGUACCGCGAGUGCUCGGAGUCCGAGUUCCGCUGCGACAACGAGAAGUGCAUCCCGAGGCGCUGGCGCUGCGACCACGACGACGACUGCGGCGACAACAGCGACGAGGAAGACUGCUCCGGCUUUACUUGCCAGCCGAACCAGUUCCAGUGCGCCUCCGGCCACUGCAUCGGCAUGAAGUUCAAGUGCGACGGCGGCAAGGACUGCCACGACCUGUCGGACGAGACCGACUGUCCCCCGCGCUUCCCCGGCGGGCGCUGGUGCCCCGAGGACCAGUUCCAGUGCGCCAACCACCUGUGCGUCAGCAAACGGGACGUGUGCGACGGGAGCGACGACUGCUUCGACGCCAGCGACGAGCAGGACUGCCAGAGCCACGACUGUGAAGGCCUUCACCGAUUCCGCUGCGGUAACGGCAAGUGCGUGCCGCGUUACCAGCUGUGCGACCGGACCGACAACUGCGGCGACGGCUCCGACGAGAACGACCUGACCAUCUGCUCCGACCGACACCGCUACUGUCGCUACGGAGAGUUCCGCUGCGCCAACAGCCACUGCGUGGCCCAAAGCAAGCUGUGUGACCACGCCGACGACUGCGGCGACCACUCGGAUGAGCUCGGAUGCCACGCCGGCCCCGGCCAGGAGACCGCUCAGUGCGGCACCAACCGCGGCGGCUGCAGCCAGCACUGCACCGACAUUGCGGAGGGCACCGGCUACGUCUGCCAUUGCUACCGCGGCUUCCGCGCCGCCACCGACAACCCCAAACUCUGCGAGGACAUUGACGAGUGCCGCGAGUUCACGCACAACUGCUCCCAGCUGUGCACCAACCUGAACGGCACGUUCUCGUGCAACUGUCGCCAGGGAUUCCAGAGCGAUGGUCUGACGGGAGUCUACUCCACCGGCCCGGAGAUCCGCGGCUUUGAGCCGGCCGAGAGUCGCUCCCUGGAUGUGAUCCGAGGAGAGUCGCGAGUCGAGGCUGUCGACUAUCAUCCCAGCAAACACAUGGUGUUCUGGACGGACUCGUUCGAGAAGGCCAUCAAGCGCUCCUACAUCCCCGGCGACAAGGCUGAUUGCCAAAUCGGCUUUGCUCAAGAUCUACAAAUCAAGAGCAACGCCAAGCCAUCGGGCAUCGCGGUGGACUGGAUCGCCAACAACCUGUACUGGACCCAGGUGGACCGGUCGGGCAACAAGCCGCGCGGCGCCGUCGUCGCGGCCACCACCGACGGGCGCUACAAGCGCUCGCUCAUUGCCACCGGUCUGGAAGAGCCAGUCUCGGUGGCCGUCGACCCGGAGCACGGCAUCAUGUUCUGGACGGACGUCGGCAGCAUUCCCAAGAUCGAGUCGUCCUGGAUGGACGGCAGCAAGCGCCGGCUGCUCGUCAGUGACAAGGUGGAGCACCCGACCGGCCUGACCAUCGACUUCGCCAUGGGGCACACGGUCUACUGGGCGGACACCAAGCUGAACAUGGUGGAGGCGAUGCGGGAGGACGGCUCGCGGCGUCGCACCAUCAUCUCGGGCGACAGCCUGCAGCACCCGUUCUCGCUGGACGUCUUCGAGAGCUCGGUGUACUGGGUAACCCGGGACUCGGGCGACAUCUUCAGCCAGGACAAGUUCGGCCGUGGCGUGCCCGUGAAGGUCAAGGGGGAUCUGGCCAACCCGACCAGCAUCCGGGUGCUGCAGCCAUACCGAUACAACACGACUGUGGAGAACCGGUGCUUCCAGAGCCCGUGUUCCCACCUGUGUCUGCUGAUCCCGGGCGGCUACCGCUGCUACUGCCCGGACAACACCCAGCUUAGGGACAGCUCCGGCCGCAACUGCAACGCCGGUCAGUGCUCGCUGGCCGUGUGCGUACAGAAAUGA